GAUUCGUACGUAUCAGACGUUUAUAUAUUCAAGUGUUAUAAUACGAUACAACCAACAUUUCUUCUCAAGCUUAGAGUUUUAAAACGUCUAAUAAUUACAUAAUUUAUAUUAUAAUACACAAGACGUAUACGAAGUAUUAAAUAAAUUACUUAAAGUUCUUUAUUUUUAACGAAAAAAGACAAUGGAAGAGACAAUGGAAAUGGCUAACGAAGUAGAAACUGUGUCCACAGUACAAGGAUUCGUACCAUUAAGCAAACUCGGGAUAAUAUUACCGCACGAGCACAUUCGACACAAGCCAUUGUCCACUGAGUAUAGACAAUCUUCUAAGCCGAAAAUACAUCCCUUUUUAAAUACAGACUACGAUUUUUUGAUAAACAGAGGACAUUACAAAAUGUAUCCAUAUACCGCUAUGAGUAAGGACAUAAGCUUAAUUGAUGACGAGAUUGUAAAGAACGAAUUAAACCAAUGCAAAAGUAUUGAUACCAUUGUGGAAAACACGAGUUAUGGUUUAAUGCGCGACAUAUCUCAAUUUAAAAACUUUAGCGAACACUCCAAAAUUAAUAUAAUAGCUGGCACAGGAUUUUACGCUGCAAACGUGCAAGAAAAAAAAACAUUAUCAUUGUCCCAAAAGAAAAUGUACAAUGUAAUGAAGAGAGAUUUGACAGAAAAUUGUUUAUCCAGUGUUGCGAAUGAAAAAGUCAAAGCUGAGAAUAAUGCUAAAAUACUAGCAGGAUUUAUCGGCGCAGUGGGCAUUAGUUCACCAAUCCAUGCAUUUGAAAAGCGUUCUAUUUGUGCGACUGCCGAAGUUCAAGAGGAGUUGGGUUGUCCAGUAAGCUUCAGUCCUGCAAUGGGUACUUGCGAUUACACAAAGGUGUUGCGAAUCUAUGAAGAGGCUGGAGGAAACGCUAACAAAGCCGUCGUGACACACGUUGAUUGUACGUUGAUCAAAAAGACGGAGCUCAUGGAAUUUCUCGAUGAUACAAAAUGCUAUAUACAAUUUUCUAUGUUUGGUGACGAGACGUCUUUUAAUCACCGAGAUGACAAUUUGGACAUGCUGUCAGAUGCGCAACGUAUCAAACGUCUCAAGCUACUCAAAGAUAAUAAACAAUUGCAUCGAGUCCUUAUCAGUCACGAUAUUCACACUGAAGAAAGAAUGUCACAUUACGGCGGUCAUGGAUUUACUCAUAUCUCAAAGCAUAUUAGAGAACACAUGCUUUCCAGAGGUUUAAGCACAGAAGAUUUCGAAACAUUAACGAAAGAAAACCCUCAAACUUGGCUUUUUUGGAAUCAAAAAUCUAAAAUAUAAUGCAUAUGUAUUUCAUUUUAUAUAAAAAAAUAACAUAUAAAUUAA